AUGUCCAAUCCUUGGAUCAAGUUCGUGCGUACAGCACUGGCACAUCCAAAGCAUACUCCAUGGAUUGUUUCCCUGCUCUUUUUGGGCGACGCCGCCCUCUGUGCACUAGUCAUCUGGAAAAUCGCGUACACCGAGAUUGACUGGACAACUUAUAUGCAGCAAAUUUCCAUUUACCUUGCUGGCGAACGGGACUAUACUGCAAUCAAGGGUUCAACUGGGCCUUUGGUCUAUCCUGCUGCUCAUGUCUAUAUCUAUACUCUGCUCCAUGACUGGACUGACGGGGGACGUGACAUCCUCCUGGGUCAAGUCUUAUUUGCAGGCUUUUACCUGGUGACCCUGGCCUUUGUCGUUGCUUGUUAUCGUUCCGUGCAGGUUCCGCCAUACCUUUAUCCUCUCCUGGUUGUCUCCAAGCGACUUCACAGCAUCUAUAUGCUGCGCAUGUUUAAUGACGGAAUUGCGGCGUUGGCGAUGUGGAUUGCUAUUUAUUUAUGCAUGAAGCAAAGAUGGACUGGUCUGGUGUCUUUGGUCUUUGGCGUCGGAGUUAAGAUGACCCUGGUCUUACUGGUUCCAGGCAUUGCAGUCGUCACCCUCUUGAGCCUUGGUCGAAUGCGCAGCAUCGUCCUUGGGCUGAUGGCGAUUCUGAUUCAGGUCCUCAUUGCCAUUCCAUUCCUUCGAGAGAACCCGCUGGGUUAUUUGUCAAAAGCAUUUGAACUGUCCCGACAGUUCAUGUUCAAGUGGACUGUGAAUUGGCGGUUUGUGGGUGAACAAGCUUUCCUAUCACGCGGAUUUUCCGUCGGAUUGCUAGUCUUGCAUGUCUCACUGCUAGUUCUGGUUUCGACGGUAUGGAUCAAGCCCUCCGGGACCAAUGUGGUCCGCUUCCUCCAAGAUAGCAUCCAGGGCCGUCAGCCGCCCGUUUCACUUUCAGGGUUGUUCAUCAUGACCGUACUCCUGAACUCGCUGACCAUUGGCCUGCUAUGUGCCCGGUCUCUGCACUACCAAUUCUUCGCAUAUCUGGCUUGGGCCACGCCCUUUCUUUUGUGGCGCGCCGGCUUCCAUCCUGUCCUGAUCUAUGGUAUCUGGGCCAUGCAGGAGUGGGCCUGGAACGUGUACCCGAGCACCAAUGCCAGCUCAUUGAUUGUGAUUCUGUCGCUUGCCGUCCAGGUACUGGGCGUAGUUGCUCGAGGAUCUGUUGACACGGGGACUAAGCGAGGUGUGGGUGCGGGUCGCACGCCAGGGCCGCACGCAGUGAAUCGUGCUCAUUGA